CAAAAAUAAUAAUGGCGGUCGCAUGCUUGUCUUAGACAUGUUGUAGGAGUUGGAACACACAAAAUACGCUGAAAAGCCUGCAGAAUGAAGGAGACACCUUUGUCAAAUUGCGAGCGGGAUUUCUUGCUUAAAGCAAUCGAAGAGAAAAAGCGCCUGGAUGGACGGCAGACAUAUGACUACAGAAAAUUAAAGAUCGUGUUUGGGACUGACUUUGGAUGCUGCUUCGUGGAACUGGGGAAAACCAGGUGAGCUCGGUCAUGGCCCAGGUGUCCUGUGAGCUGGUGGCCCCCAAGGAGAACCGACCAAAUGAGGGAAUCAUGUUCUUCAAUAUUGAGCUGUCACCCAUGGCUUCACCAGCAUUUGAACAGGGCAGGCAAUCGGAGUUGUUAGUGAAGCUAAACCGACAGCUGGAGCGAUGCUUAAGGAACUCCAAGUGCAUUGAUAUAGAAUCCUUGUGUGUGGUAUCCGGAGAAAAGGUGUGGCAAAUCCGGGUGGACGUUCACAUGCUGAAUCACGAUGGGAACCUGAUGGACGCUGCCAGCAUCGCCGCCAUCGCUGCUCUGUGCCACUUCAAACGCCCUGACGUUGGCAUCCAGGGGAAUGAAGUCACUGUGUACAGUGCAGAAGAAAGAGAUCCCAUUCCUCUCAGCAUCUACCACAUGCCCAUCAGCGUCAGCUUCUCCUUCUUCCAACAAGGGACUUAUCUGCUCAUAGAUCCGUGCGAACGGGAGGAGCGUGUGAUGGACGGCUUGCUGAUGAUUGCCAUGAACAAACACAGAGAAAUCUGCUCCAUUCAGUCCAGUGGAGGCAUCAUGUUGCUCAAGGAGCAGGUAAUGAGGUGCAGUAAAAUAGCCAGCGUCAAAGUGUCGGAAAUCACAGAGCUCAUCAGCAAGGCCCUGGAGAAUGACAAAGCAGCCCGGAAAGCAGGCGGCAGGUGUGGUUUUGCCGAGUCGAUGCCUCAAGAGCGCAUCACCGCACUGAAAAAGGAUGAGACUGCGGUGGGAAUGACAGACGUGUCCCAAAGAGCCGACGACAUCAUCCAGAAAGCAGCGGCAACUCCUCAGACAAAUCAACCGCUGGUGGUGCCCGUCCCAGGUGUGGGUCAGGUAGGGCAGGGGUUGCAGAACAGCUGGGGAAUAGAGGAAGACGAACAGGAUGCGGAAGAAGAAAUCAGCAGCGAUGAACAGGACGAUAGUAAAGAAACAAAGAUGGAAGUGGAGCAAAACAAACGAGAGCAAGGAGAUGUGGUUGAAAUAUCAGACAGUGAGGAGGAGGAAGUCGUCAUACUUGAUCCAGAGACAGCAGACCCAAAGGAUAAGGAAGAGACUUUCCAGUAUGACCCCUCUCAGAUCUUAUUGGGACAGUACAAACCUGAAAGUGUAACACCAACGCUGCUUGCUUUCUGUUAAGAAGGAGUACAAGUUCCCACCAGAAGGGGCCAGCAGCAUCAAAGAAAGUGCGCCAAAAAAUGAAGAGACGCGUUUAAACCCAAAGAAGCCGACCUCUUGGUGACUCCAGCCCUGGUUCGAAUGAUUCCCACCAACUUGACUCCAACUUGGCUUUAUUUACUUCCUGUGUAUCUUCUCUUUAGAUUGCUUUUAAGCAACACUGAAAUGUCCCCACUGUAAUUACAUUACAAAUGCAAAGCAAAUCUGAAAGUCACAUUUUCUUAUCUUGAAGGCAGAAAUGCAUGUGGAACUGACGAGUUGAAGUAGGUGGGGGUGCUGUUCCAAACCUCAAAGUGAGAACUCGAUGCAACGAGGCGGUCUGUUGAUUAUUUGGUGUUUGUAGGAUGCAAGUACUGUACAGGCACUACUUCAACGUCAUUGGUGGAAAUGUCCCACAGCAAAGUGUUUGUCCUCAUCCGUUGUGAGUAACUUGAAUUUCUUCAAGCGCCUCUCAACGGCACUACAAAGCUAAAUGCAAGUUAUUUGACGUACUGUAUUUGAAGAUUUUCCAAAAAACACAAUGACGUUCCCUGGUAACUAAGUAUUUUUUUUUUAAAUAAUUUGCCCACACUGCCUGGGAAAAAAAAAAAAGUUCAAUUUUAAGUUUCUGUUCUGAUGCUUCUGAAUUACAGGAUAGUUUCCAGAGUUGCGUGGGAUAACCCUAGUGGCAUAGCGGCAUAGAAAAUGGAUGGAUGGAAAGAUGCAAUACAGGAAAUGUGACAAUUAGGUGUUUUAGGAAGGUUUGGGCUACAGUUAUUCACAUUUUUUUAAGUAUUUGAAUAUGUAUUGUUUUAUUUGGCGUUUUGCUUGGCUUACCUGUUGCAAUAAUACCAUUCAGCAGGGUUGCCAGAUAGUAAAUGACAAGUUAUUGCGCCAGAAUAUUACAAUUAUUGUAUUUUGAGGAAAUGAUUGUACAUAAACAAUUUGACGUUGCCAGGACCAUCUGAUACAGUAAAACAUUACCACAUACUGUGUACAAGUAUAUCUUAAAUUGCAGUUUUACCUUAAAGGGAUAUAUCUGAUUUUUUUUUUUAAAUGAAGUUAUAUGACAUCCUCAUCAGCGGUGUAGUGCAUCACCAGUGACUUACCCCUCACUUCGUCCCUUGAGCAGAGUUCUAGUCUGAUUUGGGUGAUGAGGAACAUAGUUCCGGUUAAUUGGUGGGGCCACUUACGUAAAGCCAUUUGCUUAUCUUUAUGAUGAAUGAAACAUGAACUAUGAUGGAGACAACAGAUGACUGAAUAAAAAGUAUCACCUUGUGUUUAUAAAGGAGUU